AUGGCGGCGGCGCCGCCGCAGCAGGCGGCGGGGCGCGCCGCCGCGGGCUCCCAAGCGCAGGCCGAGCGGCCCGGCAGGGCCGCGAAGACCGCCCCCUGCCCCUGGUGCCGGCAGCCGAUGCCCCCGGCGUGCUGCGCCAGCUGCCUGCGCGGGUUGCCGUGGCAGCCCGGGCGCGCCGCCUCCAUCGCCGCGAGCGAGGCCGAGAGACUGGCGCUCGCCGCCACCCUGGACGAGGGGCGCCGGCUGCUCGCGCUGCGAGGCCGACGCGCCUCGCUGCGGGCCCGCUCCGCGGAGCUGCGAGCGGACCUGGAGCGCCGCGAGGCGGACGUUCGCCGGCUGCGGAGGCAGCUCGAGGAGCGGCGCGAGAAGUUCGGCGAGCGCCGGCGGUGGCACGAG